AUGGUUAAGUCCAAGCAGUCGAGCACUGUUACGCAGCAUGUUACAGGAAUGGCGUUGGGACAUAUCUCACUUGGACCGUACUAUCUUCUUUUGCAACAAAAAGGUCGUAAACAGAGAAUCGCUCUUCCUCCUCCGAAAGCUAAGCCUGGCGAAUCGCAAGUAGUAGCAUCUCCGACUAUACACGCCUCGUUGGAGCACAACCUCGAUUUGUCUGGUCUCGAAGAUAGCCCUGAUGUGGACUUUUCCCCAAAUAGCUUCCGAUCUGGCAGUAGUAUUAGUGAGCAGUUUCGAAGGACUCUGGAGGCAGAACGACCGCGACCGCGUCAGAGAUAA